AUGAUUGCUACCAUUGCGAGUUCUACUACUUACACCAACUGCGUUAUUGAUGUCCUUCCAAAUAAAGGCGCAAAGUACCAUCCCACCCACUGGAGAUAUCCAAAUAUGUGUCUCAGUAUAAUUGCUUAA